AUGGUUUGGAAAACUUUUAUCUGUCCCAAAAAUAAAAAAUGUGACAAUAAUUUAACAAUAACAACAACAAAAUCAUCAUCAUCAUUAUUACCACCAUUAUCAACAUUAUCGUCAUUACCACGAUCAACAUCAACAACAACAAUAACACCAAAUUUAUCUUCUACAACUAAUCAUACUCACCAUUCAAACAAUAACAAAUCAUCAUCUAAUGAACGACCGUCAUCAUCACCUCGUCCACCUCCACGAUUUCAUCGACCCACACCACGAUCAUCAUCACCAUCAUCAUCAUCACGAUCAUACUCUCAUAAAACUGAUAAUAACACAUCUGGUUACAGUACUUUAAACAAUGAUUUACCAUUUUCGAUGACACCUGCUGGACGUUUUUUCACUCAUUUCUUUGAUGAAGCUAUGCAAUAUUUCAAUUAUCCAAUGCAUGAUAUUAUUUGGAGCGGAGAAUCACCGACAAAAAAUUCAUCAAUCAAUGAAAAAAUAAUUGAUAACGAUGAGAAAUUCAGCAUCGAAAUUGAUUUAUCCGAUUUUCUUGCCGGCGAAUUAUUGAUAAUUUACAAUGAAGAGGAACGUGAACUUUUAGUGGAAGGACAUCGAAAAGAACGAAAUGGUCGUUUUGGUUCCAUUGAGCGUAAUUUUAAACGAAAAUUCGAUAUUCCCAUUGAUGUUCAUGAUGGAUCUUUAGCUGCUUUCCUGAUUCCAUCCGGUUUGCUAACUAUUCAGGCAUUUAAAAAAGACAAUAAACAGCCUACAAGACGAAUACCAAUUCAGGAAAUAAUUAAUGUUCCAAAUUCAACUGAUCAAAAUGCAGCCCAACUUCCAACAUUUGAAAAUAUGAAAAAUACAACAAACGAAACAAAUAGCAAUCCACCAGCGCAACCAAAAUCAACGAAUGCUUCAGAACUAAAAUUUCGUACACCUGAAAAAAUGUCUAAAGUAACAGAACAAAUUCCAACAAUUCAAAAAUUUCAACAAGAUAGAGAGAAACAACUGAAUUUUAAUGAGAUGGGAAAGCUUAACACAGAUUCAGGUAUGAAACGAGAAUAUUUAAAUAUUUUUUGCUAA